AUGCUACUGCAAGAAGCACAUGUAGACGUAUCCACUCGAGCCGAGGGUAAGGAAGGUUCUAUGAGAAUCUUUACUUUUCACCCUUGUAUCCCGGGAUAUGCCAGUGCGAGAUUUCCGGGUGUUGUCCUAUUUAGUGAGAUUUACCAAGUCACUGGUCCUGUGGCCAGAUUUGCCCGUCAGAUCGCUAGCCAUGGCUUCAUUGUUGUCGCACCUUCUUCCUACCAUGACUUUAUUGGACCGGAGCCACUCGCCUACGACGCUGCUGGAACUACUGCAGGAAACAAUUUCAAGAUAAAAAAAACAUUGGCAAGUUAUGAUGAAGAUGCAACUCUCUCGGUUGAUCACCUCCUAUCUCUCAAAACCUGCAAUGGUCGCAUCGGAGCAACUGGAAUGUGUCUAGGUGGACAUCUAGCAUUCAGAUGCGCUUUAGAUUCUAGAGUCUCGGCAGCAGUUACGUAUUUUGCUACUGACCUACACAGUGCCUCCUUGGGUUUCGGAAAAAGAGACGACAGCUUGAAACGAGCACAUGAGAUCAAGGCCGAAUUGGCAUGUAUUCAUGGAACUCUUGAUAAUCAUGUUACUCCCGAAGGAAGAGACCUAAUUCGUCAGACCCUGCGAGAAAGUGGUGUUGUUUUUAGCUGGUAUGAGCCCGCCGCUGCUCAGCAUGCAUUUAUACGAGAUGAGAUGAGCAAGGGAAGAUAUGAUGCAGUUAUCACCAAGAUUUGUUUUGAGAUUCUCCUAGAAUUAUUCAACCGAACAUUAAGGCUAGACCUUGGAAUUUGUGACGAAACAUACCUUCAGAUAGAAGAAGAUUGCUAG